GACGGCUGGGGAGAGGAAGGCGAGCAAGCGUCUGCUGUUGGAGCCAAUGCAGCCCUUUGGCUCUCCGCGAGGAGCGUCUCUCCCCGGAUGAGUGUCUGCCUUGUGUCCCCGAGUGUCCCCCCGCAGGAGCGCAGCUCGAACGAUCGCUGCUGCUCUGCUUGGACCAGUAGAAUGUGGUGAGAGGAUGGGGCUUCUCCCUCCCAAGACUCACAAUGGCCAGAGAAGAUUCCGUGAAGUGUUUGCGCUGCUUGCUCUACGCCCUCAACCUGCUCUUCUGGUUAAUGUCCAUCAGUGUCUUGGCAGUUUCUGCUUGGAUGAGGGACUACCUGAAUAACGUUUUGACUUUGACUGCAGAGACAAGGGUAGAAGAGGCGGUCAUCUUAACUUACUUCCCUGUGGUUCACCCCGUCAUGAUUGCUGUCUGCUGUUUCCUUAUCAUCGUGGGAAUGCUGGGAUACUGUGGGACCGUGAAAAGGAAUCUGUUGCUUCUUGCAUGGUACUUUGGAACUUUACUCGUGAUCUUCUGCGUAGAACUGGCUUGUGGUGUGUGGACAUACGAGCAGGAAGUUAUGGUGCCAGUACAGUGGUCAGAUAUGGUUACUUUGAAAGCCAGAAUGACAAAUUACGGCUUACCCAGGUAUAGGUGGCUUACGCAUGCUUGGAACUAUUUUCAGAGAGAGUUUAAGUGCUGCGGAGUGGUCUACUUCACCGAUUGGUUGGAAAUGACAGAAAUGGACUGGCCCCCAGACUCCUGCUGUGUUAGGGAGUUCCCAGGAUGCUCCAAGCAGGCUCACCAGGAAGACCUCAGUGACCUGUACCAAGAGUGUGGCCAGGAAAAGGAGAAACUGCAGAUUAUCGAAAUUCUUGACCUGAAAAAUCCGUCUCCGGUUAGCACAAAACCACAGAGCAAGAAGAGCAAGCGGAGUUUUCUGUUAGAACGAGCAAGGUCAAGGAUUUUGAUAAUCUGCGAUUGAUUUCUCCUUUCCCUUCUUCUAGCAGUUGAACAGCCCAGAUGGACAAAUCACCUUAGAGGGGUCUACAAAUAAACUCUCGUGUGAGCCAGGCACGGACUUCUUCCCCUGAGUGUGCUGGUGGAGUUUUUAGACUCUAGUCUCUGUGUGUACGGUUUCAGUCAGAUUGCGAACCGUGUAGCCAAGCAUCGUGUUUUAUACCCGAUAACAUUGCCUACAUCCUGUGGACAUUCUGAAGAUUCAGUGAGCUAUGAGGACCUGUCGUGCGUUCAAAAAUACUAACAUGACUUCUGCAUUAGUGUUUCCCGUGCCUGGAUAAACUUAACUCGUUAGAGGUGAGAAGGUGUUCUUUUAGGACAUGCUGUCUAGGUCUUCCUUGAAGGAAGCACUUAUGGCGCUGCUGGGGGUUAAGAUUCUUAGUGAAGAAUUUUUUGACCAACCUGUUUAACAUCUAUGAACUCACGAACUUGUAUCUUUCAUUUCUUGGACUCUUAAAAGAAAUAGAACCAAAGAUUAUACGUUUGUACCCGAUAAUUACCACACUCAUUUCAAACCAGAGUCAUGUUCGCCAUCAAAAAUCAAUUAUAAAAAUAUCAAUACUGUUCUGCAUAUAUCUAUCGGCACCUCGAUCUUAUCUCACUUUAUCUUCAUAACCCUUCCAAGGACUGCCUGGAUUUCUGAUGUGGCUUGAGAAUAUUGAGUACUGAAAAGCCAUGGGUGUUCUUCCAAUUUUAGAAACUCAUUUUGGAGAUGAUCAGAGAAUAAUUUCAAGUGUAUAAUUUCCUCAAGUGAAAUGAGACAUCCUGACGUGCCUUCAGACACAUGCCUCACGUUUUCUUAUAAAUGCGGUGUUGUUGUUUGUGGCUAAUAGUUGACAGGAAUUUUAAUAUUGCAGCAAGGAAAGCAGAUGAGCCGGGAAGUCUUAUUCAUACCUUUGAAUAAGGUAUUAUUAAGGUAUUAUCCGAGAUUAUUAGCAUAGGGCUCAUGUGGCUUUAUUUAAAGUGAAAAUGUUAUAUUCAAGCAAAAUCAACAAUGAAUAUUUUAUCUUCAAAUAAGCAAAAGAAUGGAAUUCACUUCUUUCCCGUGAUGGAACAAAAAUAAAACACAUUUUUGAUCUCUACCAUUUCGACUCUUUACUUCCGUCUAGGAAGUUUGUGGUGUUCACAACCACCUAGCUGCAGAUCUUGUUGUGAACAGCGAUGGGCCAUGCAAGCAUAUAUCCUUAUUGUUUUGUCUGGGCCUAGUAUUUCUACUUCCCGCAAUUCACUUUUACACUGGAAAAGUGUAAAGCAUAUUUAUACUUAUGUCAGUGGCUCGAAAUAAGGUCAGGGUUAUUUUCCGAUUUAAUUUCUUCAGGAGGUUUGAUGCAACUGAAAACUGAAUGCCGGAGCUAUUUCCAUGAUGCAUGUAGAGAAAGAAAGGAGAAGACAAUGACCCCAUGUGGAAGAAGGUUGGUUUGAAAAGUCAACCUGUUAGUCUGACUUUAAGCACUCAUGGAAAUGCUUCCCUGGUACUCAGCCUAAUAUUUAUUAUGGUGCAAGAUUGUUCCGAGUCACAAAGAUGUGUUAAAUUGUGCGCACCUUAGAGAAAUUUGUGCUUAUUUAUAUGCUCCUACCUUGUGCCUUUUAUUAAAUGAGGAAUCUAAUGCAGCAUAUACGAUGCAGCGUAUUAAUAAUGACAUAUAAAUAGAAUUGAAAAGUCAAGGUGAAAGGAGAGGUAAAAGUCAGCAGGCUCGCUGGAUAUGAAGGUUGCCAGUUGCUGUGGUCGAGUGUCCUGCUGCCUGUGAGCGUCCUGACAGAUCCCUGAAGAGGAGGAGGCACGCUUUCUCCCUAUAAUCCUCGUGCUGGCAGAGGAAAUGGUCUAAUUUCCCAAAGGGAGGAAAAUUCCAAAGUAUUGCUUUCCAAAUGGGAUUGUACGUGUACAGCUUAUAAUUUAUCAAGGGAAAUGUUUUCGAUUUUACUUUUGCCAAUUUAGAGGUGGAUUUUUUUCUUUUUAUAGUGGUCUUCAAAACCUAUCGGGAAAAUACCUAGUGGGACAUAAUACCUAGAACCAAGGUUAGUACAUUGUACAGUGGCAGGAUUUGGUGAUCUGGUUUGCUGGUAAACAAAUGCCACUUCAUUUUACUUCAUUUGCAUAAUUUACUACCUUCCAGUAGGUUCUUUGUUUUGUUUCGUUUAUUUGACUCAGGGUUUCUCUAUGUAGCCCUGGUUUUCCUGAAAUUCAUGCUGCAGACAGGCUAGCCUUAAACUCAAAACUAUACCAGCCUCUGCCUCUCAAGUUCUGAGAUUAAAGGCAUGCACCACCUCUGCCUGGCUCCAAGAGGUCCUUGAUAGAAGAAAAUAAAAUAUAAUUUCACAUGGGGCAAACUUCAGGACUAUAAAUUCUGUAUCAUUUGAAGGGUGCCAAUUUGCAGAGAAAAAUUAAGCAGUAAGCUUGGCAUAUUGACUGAAAGGCAGAGGACUCCGUUAGCCUCUCUUCUCCGAGUCAACUGCAUGUUCUCAUCGCAAGGUGGAGACCAAAUGUCCUGGUAGAAGGAGUCCACACCUAGUCUGGUGGUACAUUAAUACAAUCCCAUGUUUGAUAUUCUGGAUGAACCAAAGAGCUUGCUUUUCACACCAAUCCAAACUCAUUUACAACAGCCUUGGUUUUCUUAAAAUUCUCCUACAUUUUUUAAUUAAGUUUUUCUUUUUUUUUCUUUUUAUCAUUUUCAGCGUCAUGUUGACAAACUUAGCACAAUUUGGAAAAAGAUCAUUAGUGGCCAGGUGGUGGUGGCACACGCCUUUAAUCCCAGCACCCGAGAGGUAGAGGUAGGCAGAUCUCUCUAAGUUCGAGUUUACAGAGUGAGUUCCAGGAGAGCCAGGGCUACACAGUGAAAGUCUGUCUUGAAACAAGACUCCCCCCAGAAAAGAUCAUUAGGGGCUAGGUAUAUACCUUUGAAAAGCUAAGAAGAACUGGGUAUAUUGGGACUGGAUAAUAGAUGGCAUGGAGGGCUAAAGUGAGGCAGAGGUGACCCUGUUGUGUGGGAAGAAAUAGGCUGAGCACAGAAAGAGAACGAGUGCAUCCUGUUAGAAAGGCACUUCCGGCACAGACGUGCCUGGUGAGAGCUAGCUGUGUGGGGUACUUAGCUCAGUUGUAGCAUUCAGGAAUCCUUGGAUAAGGUUCCUAGCAUCAAAUAAACCAGGAGUGGUGGUACACAGCUGUACUCUCUGCAAUCAGGAAGUAGAGGAGGGGGGUUGGGGAUUUAGCUCAGUGGUAGAGUGCUUGCCUAGCAAGCCUAAGGCCCUGAGUUCGGUCCCCAGCUCCGGAAAAAAAAAAAAAAAGAAGUAGAGGAGGAAGGGUUGAAGUUCAUGGCCAUUCUCAACAACAUAGUGAAUUAGUUUGAGGCCAGUCUGGGUUAUAGGAGACCCUGUUAGAAAGAGAAGGGGUAGUGUUGAUAAGACUUACCAGUGAGAUGGGAAAUCUUAUUAGAAUUUCAACUUCAAGGUUCCUUUGAAAUCUGUAGGUUGCGACCAUUUUGAGAGGUCAAAUGUCCCUUUCACAGGGCUAGCCUAAGACCACCAGAAAACAGACAUUUACAUUACAAUUCUAACCAUACCAAAAUUACAUGUUUGAAGUAGCAGUGAAAAUAAUCUUAUGGAUGAGGGGUUACCCCAACAUGGCCAACUGUAUUAAUAGGUCACAGCAUUAGGAAGGUUGAGAACCAAUGUUUUAAAACAUUUUUAUAUUAUACAUGUGAGCCUUUCUUCUUUCUUUGCAUGGCAUGGAAUUUUUUCUUCCCCCAUCCCUUCCUCUUGGUUCCUCCCUCCCUUCUUCCCUAUCUUUCUACUUCCCCCCUUCCUUCCUACUUUCAUUCCUCCUAUCUUUCCUUGUACCCUUUUUUCUUCCUGCCUUUCCUUCCUUACAGUUGGGAAUUUUAAUAAGAACCCUUCACCCUGUGCUGUGAAAGUUUCUUGUGGUUGCUUGUUAACCCAUUAAAUUCUCUACGCUAAUUUCAUAACGUCUGUGUUAUUUUUGUUAUGAAUGGCUUUUGAAGUUCCUGUUAAGGUACUUUGGGGUAGAAUCAGUUAGUGAACAGAGAUUUCCUGAGGUGAUUGGAUCCAGUAAGUCUCCUAGCCUUUUGUCAAAGAAUCUUAACUCUAUUCAGAAGUGAGAGUGCAGGGCCUUCUCAGGUCUUUACCAAGUUCAUGCAUAACCUUGGGCGUGUGUGUAACUUUCUCAGAUCUCAUAGACAGACAGAGCACAGUCUUCCUUAACUACAAGGUCUCUUAGGCAUUGGUUUGGCUCAAAAGGGUGCAACUACCAAUGCACACCUCAGGUUGCCACUGUGAUCAACAGAUGUUCUGAGGGGUCUUCGGUGGACAUUUCCAGGGGCAAAGCUACUACACUGGGUGAACUCUAAAGUCACAUAAAACAGCCUGGAGUUCUAGACAGCCAGUGGAGCCGACAAAUAACAGCAAUUUCUGCUAGGAAUUAGGAUUUUAGGGGCACCAACUCCAUUCUGCUCUUCUGUGCCCGGCAUCCACCGUGGGCGUUGACAGGGUUUCAGGACUUGUGCAGAGCUAAGAAGAGAGAUUGGACAGUGCAUAUCCAAAUCUAAAUAGCACACAGCCUUCUAUCCUUCUUUUUUUUUUUUAGUUUUAUAUACCUUUAAUUUGCAUUUUCAAAGAUUUGCAUAACCAUAUGGGGAUUUUCGCAUGGGUUUAUCAGUUUGUGUCAUAUUCAUAUAUUUAUAUAUUAAUAUAUAAUUUAUAUUAAUUUCCUAAUUAGCUACAGAUAUUCAAAAUAGGUUUGGAUGCAUACCAAGGCAGACAAAGGACUGGCAAGAAGGGGGCUCCCUCCCUUCUUGAGGACUUUUCUGUCUGAUCUUAGCCUCAGAUAUCCCAUGGACUUGUCAUAUUCACCAAGUAGCGGCUGUCUUCUUUAUCCCCCACUGCCGCUCUUCUUGAGACCCAGCCGCCUUAUGGAAUAAACACUACUUGGAUCGCUUUAAGUCUUUGGCUAAUUCCCAGAGGUCUGAAAACGCUGCUUCUGACCAGUUCUGCUAUACUGCCAUUGCUUACGUGGAAGACGCCUCUCAAAAGUCUUACUGGGCACACUUUGCUACUGUCACUCGAUUUUCUCCAAGUUUUAGAAGAGAUGGAAAGUUGUCCUACUGACUUCUAAGAGCCCCUUCACUCUGGGACAUUUUUAUUAACUAAUGUAUCUCAUUCCUAGUGCAUCUUGCUCGGAUAAGACAAUUUACUGUACGUUUUAAAAGCUAAAUACGAUGUUGAAAAAUAUCAACAUUGACUGCUUCUAAUGCCAAAAUAUGAAGCCAAACAGAUUGUGCCUGACCAGCUAUGAGUAUGGUUUACUUACAUAUUUGAAAAAGAAACAUUACCUCUCCCAUGAGCUGUCUGCUUAAAAUGAAUUAUUGUCAGGGAAGGACUUAGUACUAAGAUGAAAAUAUAUAAAUUUAAGUUACAGGGACUAUUGAGAGGGUAAAAUGAAAUAAUUGAUGUAUUUGCCUUUCAAAGGAUUGAGCCACCAGCCUGGCUAUUUCCCGCACGCUUUGCUUUUUAAACGCAUUAUUAACUGUAGUCACUGUGUUACACAAUAGAGCUUUUGAACUUACUUUUCUCAUUUAAUUGAAAAUGUGGAUCCCUGAGUGGUUCACCCCUCAUUCUAAAAUUUAUCAUUAACCAAAUAUUAGAAUGCCCAUACUAAUUUUCCAUAUGUGUUAAUGACUCCUAUUUGUACCUCAAUACUGCAGAGGCAGCCAUCGUCAACCUGACACCACCCAGGGCUGUAUUGUGUUCAUAUCCCGAGAAACCGAUACGUAUGUUUCAGCAAUAAGGUUUAAAAAGGUGUCUAUCUACAUUAGCAUUCUACAUGUCUAAAACUAAAGGCUUUACAUGUAAUUAUUAAAAAGUAACUAUUUCUAAAUUAUACAAACUAUUGGUCUACUCUGUCAGAAGGCUAGUGGUUUAACCACUCAAUAGCAAGCAGGCAUUUUGGAUACUCAUUUCACUUUCCUAAAAAAAAACACAAAUGGCCACUUUGACUCUCAUAGGCAAGGUUAAAAUAUCAGUUAUAUGUUGGUGACAUAACGCUCUACUCUGGGGAUUUUUCAUAAUCUUACAAAGUAUUGCAACUCCACUUCUAUCUGCUGGCCCUCAAUUUUUCCAUCUCCAUGUAGAUUCCAGCUUUCUAGACUACGGGCUGACAUCCAGAUUAGAUUUUGCACACCUUUGCUCUAGUAGUGUUCUAGACACAAUCCUGAGCAUUCACGAGGCCUCCCGAUGUCCCGAACGAGUGACACUGGCCAUCUGUUUCAGGAUCAGAGCGUUGGGUCCGGUUCAUGACCUUAGCACCUGUACUACACGGUACCGCGUUACACGUGAGCAUUUUAAAGAUGAACGGGACUCUGAUAAAUACAUGCGUGGAAUGGUUUCAGAGCUCGUGGAACUUUGUAAAACUGUCUUGGUGAUUUGUGCUUUGGUUUUCUGCAGAUUAUUUGUACAUGUCAGUGUGUGUAUUUUUUUAGGACGUGGAGGAGCCUCUUUUCUUUUCUUUUAUUGGAUAUCUUUAUUUACAUUUCGAAUGUUAUCCACUUUCCCAGUUUCCCCUUCAUAAACUCCCUAUCCCAUUCCCCCUUCCCCUGCCUCUAUGAGGGUGCUCCCCCACCACCCAAUCACUCCCUAACGCCUUCCCGCCCUGACAUUGCCCUACACUGGGGCAUCAAAUCUUCACAGGUCCAAGGGUUUCUCCUCCUAUUGAUGCCUGACAAGGCCAUCCUCUGUUACAUAUGCAGCUGGAGCCAUGGGUCUCUCCAUGUGUACUCUUUGGUUGGUGGUUUAGUCUGGGGUGGGGGUCUGGUUAGUUAAGCACUUUACAUAUACUUUUGGUGACUGACAACCCUUUGCUCUUUUUUUUCCUUUUAAAUUUUUAUUACCAGGAAAGAUUUCUUAUAGUUUUGAAGUGACAUAUUACUGAAGUAAAACUGCCAACCAGUAUUUUUUUUUUUUUUUUUUUUGGAAAUGGAAGAACUUCCUUCCUUCUAAUAAGAUAUAUGAAAUGAUCACUGAUUCCAUGUCUAGUCCUCAUUGACGUAUGAAUUCUUUGUGGGCUCUGGCAAAGAAGACAAGAGGCAGUAAUUUAAAUAUUCAUGAAUUUCUUUUUAUUCCAGUGGCUAUCCUUAGAGGAUAAACACUAAGUCACUUUUACUGGACUCCAAAAGUACUUCCAAGUACAUUAUAAAAUAAUCUCUCAGUCACCUUAAUUUAAAUUAAGUUACUGUAUCAGAGAAGAUUAUUUCUAAAGUGUGUGCUCACUGUGGACACAGGUUCCUCAAGGCAGUACAGCGACACAGUGGUUUCGCCAGAAGUUGACAGUGCAGUUCUUAGUCACAGUACCUUUUUUUCUCUGUUUCUUUACUCCAUUUUUCUUUGUCAUGAUUUUUCCUACUUCUACUUUAUUCAUGCCUGAGUACUGUGUUUAUGUCACUUCCACCACACACUCCCACACCUUCAGCUCUUUCCGUUCCCCUCUCUCAACUUCCUCCAAACAUCAUGGCUCCUUCUUUAGUUAUUAUUGCUAUAUAACAAUAUGCACGUGUAGAUACAACACAAUAGUUCCAUAGAGUAUUACCCAUAUGCACAUUUGUUUAGGGCUCACCACUUGGGGUUGGAGAACCCGUUAGAGCCUGUCCCUGGAGCAGACUGAUUUUCUCUCUCCUGAAAGCAGUUAAUUUGCUGUAGCUCUUCAUUUAAGAGUAGGGCUUUGUGAGAUUCUCCCAUGCAGGUUGGGACGUCAACGGGUGCUGUCAUUAUGGCAGUGUUUUUAGGCACUAUACUGUGGCAGCGUCAUAGGUGCAGCUCUCUGUAAUAUAUAGAUAACAUUAUCUUGUAACAGACGUACUGUUCCUCUGAAUCUUAAAAUCUUCCUGCUCUGCUUCUGGGACGCUUUGCGAGCCUUAGGAGCAGGGCUUGUGGGCUUGUGUUAUAACUGCAUCAGUAGGGGAUGCGUACUCUACAGUCCAUUUUUACCUGCAUUUUGACCAGUUGUGGAUUUCUGGGUUUUUUGUUUGUUUGUUUGUUUGUUUUUUGUUUUUUUCUUUUUCCUGCUGCAAAAA